GGUGACCAACUGACCAUGGCCAGCAUUCACUCCACUCUGCUCCACGCGAGCCACGAGGUGCGAGAGUGCGACGCGAGAGAGGCAGAUAUCAGUGGGGCAAUAUAAAAUAAAACAAAAAGAAAUAAAAACUGCAUCGGCAUUUAUUCCGUUGGGCCUCGCUUCCGAUGCGCCGGAGCUCGCACGCGAUGGGAGCGCAAGCGUUUCGGCUGCUGCUGCUUCUGCUGCUCGCGGCGGCGGCGGCGGAGGCGCGCUUCGUUGUGGAGAAGAACAGCCUGAUGGUGACGUCGCCGACUUCGUUGCGGGGACGACACGACAGCGCUAUAGGGAACUUCGGAAUCCCACAGUACGGCGGGAGCAUGGCGGGCGCCGUCGUCUACCCUAAGGACAACGCCAAGGCUUGCGACGAUUUCGACGGCAGGCACCCCUUCCGUGCCAAGCCUGGCGCGAUGCCCACGUUCCUCCUCAUCGACCGCGGUGAGUGCUUAUUUGCGAAGAAGGUUUGGAAUGCACAAAAUGCUGGUGCCUCUGCAGUACUUGUAGUUGAUGACAAGGAUGAACCAUUGAUAACAAUGGAUUUACCUCGUGAAGAUGACGAGGCUUCAAAGUAUAUACAAAACAUAACCAUUCCUUCUGCAUUAAUAGAUGAAAAAUUUGGUGACCAGUUGAAGAAGGCUGUUAAAGAUGGGGAAAUGGUUAAUGUUAAUCUUGAUUGGAGGGAGGCUGUUCCACAUCCAGAUGACCGUGUUGAGUAUGAGUUAUGGACAAACAGCAAUGAUGAAUGCGGGCCUAAAUGUGAUAUGCUGAUGAAUUUUCUUAAGGAAUUUAAAGGAGCUGCCCAACUACUUGAGAAAGGUGGCUAUAGCCAAUUCACGCCCCAUUACAUUACUUGGUACUGUCCUCAAGCAUUUGUGAUCAGUAAACAAUGCAAGUCUCAAUGCAUAAACCAUGGAAGGUACUGUGCACCUGAUCCAGAGCAAGAUUUUAGCACAGGCUACGAAGGAAAGGAUGUGGUGGUAGAGAACCUCAGACAGUUAUGUGUGUUUAAAGUUGCAAACGAAAAUAAGAAACCAUGGGUCUGGUGGGAUUAUGUGACUGAUUUUCACAUAAGGUGUCCAAUGAAGGAGAAGAAGUACAAUAAAAAAUGUGCAGAAACUGUCAUCAAAUCACUAGGUCUGGAUGUGAAGAAGGUCGAUAAAUGCAUGGGAGACCCAAAUGCUGAUUCUGACCACCCGUUACUUAAAAUGGAACAAGAUGCUCAGAUUGGGAAAGGUUCAAGAGGAGAUGUUACUAUAUUGCCUACACUUGUUGUGAACAACCGGCAAUAUCGAGGGAAGCUUGAGAGGAAAGCUGUCCUCAAAGCUAUUUGUGCUGGUUUUGAGGAAACUACAGAACCAAAUGUUUGCCUGAGUGAUGAUAUAGAGACAAAUGAGUGUCUGAAUGACAACGGGGGCUGCUGGCAAGACAAAUCUGCUAAUGUAACAGCCUGUAGGGACACCUUCCGUGGUAGAGUGUGUGAAUGCCCCACUUUCAAUGGCGUACAAUUUAAAGGCGAUGGCUACAGCAAUUGUGAACACAUUGAUGAGUGCAAGGAGAAAAAAGCUUGUCAGUGUCCUGAAUGCAACUGCAAAGAUACAUGGGGUGGCUAUGACUGCACUUGCAGUGGUGACCUUUUGUACAUCAGAGAGCAUGACACCUGCAUAAGCAAGACAGCAGUUCAGGCUAAAGCAGCAUGGGCUGCAGUGUGGGGUAUCUUGAUAGUUGUUGCUGUUGUGGCAGCGGGAAGUUAUGUUGUGUACAAAUACAGACUAAGGUCAUACAUGGACUCUGAGAUUAGAGCUAUCAUGGCGCAGUAUAUGCCACUUGACAAUCAAGGAGAGGUCCCAAAUCAUACACAUGACGAAGAUCGUUCAUAAGUGUGCAGAUCAUUACGUGGUGGGCCCAUAUGGCCUAAUCUGACACCAAUGCAGAUCGUCGUGAGCUCUACAAACAGAAGCUACAGGCCAAUAAUAGCUUGAUUUUUAGAGUACAAAAAUCUGUUAUUUGCCUGAUAGUUUAUCUGGAGCAGUUUCAUUUUACAUAUGACUGUAAUUUGUGAGAAUGCACAUCUUACGAUUUUUGUUGACCAGUAUUCAUAGGUUUUUAGUUAGCAAUGUGUUGUUGGCCCGUUGCUAGUCCUUGUAAUACAAGCCCACCUGUUUUUUUGCGCACGGCAAGACUUAAACUGACAACAUUUUGUAGUACCUUUUAUUUUGUAUCACCUGCUCUAUACACGAGUUUUCUUGGAACAUCGGAAAUAAUAAUGCCCUCCAGUAUCUUGCGACCA